AAAUUCUCUCUUUGCAGUAAAAGUUUACAAUUUCGUGUCCAACAGAAGUGCGCAACGAUGUUUGGUCGAGUAUCUUUCGUGUGUUUGCUUCUGGUGCUGUUAUGCGAUGUGGCAUCGGUAGCCAAGGUGUCCAAGAAGUCCACCCGGGGCCGAAAGUGUUUGGACUUACCGGAAGAAAUCCUCGAGCAGAUGUUUGGGCGGCUUUCGGUGGGCGUCCUGAGUGCGUUCCACCACACUCUGCAGCUUGCACCAUUGGAGCGGAAGAAUCUCACCUGCCCAUCAGGCGGACGCCCUGUCCCCGACAGGAAGUCUCGGAUUCCCGUCAACCUUCUCAGCCUGUCUCCCUGGGCAUACAGGAUCUCCCACGACCCCGCCAGGUAUCCCAGGUUCAUACCCGAGGCAUAUUGCUUGUGUAAAGGCUGUCUGAUAGGACCGUUUGGUCAGGAGAGCGACCAGUACCGCAGCACCCCCGUGUACAUGCCCUCCGUCAUCCUGCGACGCACAGGUUCCUGCGUUGGGGGGCGCCACUCAUACACAGAGAGCUACGUAUCUGUGGCCGUGGGGUGCACCUGUGUUCCCCUGCUGGAGAAGGAUAGGGAUGCGCAGAGCAGCAACCAGAGCCUGGAGAGAGAACAGACAAAAGCUGACGAGCUCAGCUCCAACGACAAGAACAUAUAAAACAUCCAUGGAAAGCUGUAUGAAAAUGUAUGGUUGGCUGUACAACACAACACCGUGUACCUAGCAGCAGCAGCUUUUGAACAGUAGUAUAACUCUCGACACACACUGCCACCUGCUGGUGAAUGGAAUUAUAUUUCAUGAUCAUCUAAGCAUGUUUCCAGGCUCUCAUAAGUUUGUAUUUUCUGUGUGUGUAUAUUAAAUAUUAUUUACACUG